CAGGAAUCCCCACUCCUUACGUAUCUCACAGGCCAAACAACGUGGGCGGGCGGGUUCACUCUGGGCCUGGAUUUCACGUUUGGUUGCAAAGAAAGACUUCCAUCGCGGUGUGAAGUGGCUCACUGUUGAACUGAGGAGACUUCUGGACGGAGACCAUAUCCUACCACACCUCUUCUUCGAGCAACCUCCUCGACUGUUGGAUAUUAACGGGGACUAUUUGGAAGCGGUCAACUUGAAUUUACAUUUCAUCUUUAAACGGAAUGGAUUUUGAGAAGACCUAAGCUGGAUGGUUUGCUGUAUAAGUGUUGUUAAAAGCGUGCUGGUGGAGUUUGCCAACUUUUGAGGAGGUCCCAUUAAGUCUUUCUGGAGGGAAACUAACUUAAAGCUAACAUGGAUCAAGCCAGCGGUGGGGAGGACCCCAAUAAACCCUCAAAAAAGAAGUCCAACGAGGAUGAGGGAAAAAACAAAAAACUGAACAUACACAUUAAAACAUUGGCUGAUGAUAUGCGUGAUCGUAUUACCAGUUUCAGAAAAACGGGGAUGAAGAAGGAGAAACCUCUUAUUCAACACCCAACAGAUCCCCUCUCUACCCAGGCUGAGCUGCCUGUUCCUCAGCCCCUUUUCGAUGACCGCUCCAUGAACCUCUCAGAAAAGGAGAUCAUUGACCUCUUUGAGAAGAUGAUGGAGGACAUGAACCUGAAUGAGGAACGCAAAGCACCUCUGCGUGGAAAGGACUUAAGCACCAAACGCGAGAUGGUGGUCCAGUACAUCUCAGCCACUGCCAAAUCUAUAACUGGGAGCAAAGUUGCGGGUGGACUAAGGAACAGCAAGCAUGAGUGUACACUUUCAUCCCAAGAAUAUGUCCAUGAGCUGCGUUCUGGCAUCACGGAAGAAAAACUACUCAAUUGCCUGGAGUCCCUCAGAGUGUCUCUCACUAGUAAUCCUGUCAGUUGGGUUAAUAACUUCGGUCAUGAGGGUCUUGGCCUUCUUCUGGAUGCUUUGGAGAAGCUGCUGGACAAGAAACAGCAAGAGAGUAUUGAUAAACGGAACCAGCAUAAACUCAUCCAAUGCUUGAAGGCUUUUAUGAACAAUAAGUAUGGACUGCAAAGGAUCUUGGGAGAUGAGCGGAGCCUGUUGCUGCUGGCACGAGCGAUUGACCCCAAACAGACCAACAUGAUGACAGAGAUUGUCAAAAUUCUCUCUGCUUUCUGCAUUAUCGGAGAGGAAAACAUCCUGGAUAAGAUUCUAGCUGCCAUGACAAUUGCUGCGGAGAGGAACAAUAAAGAGAGAUUUGCUCCAAUUGUGGAAGGACUGGAGAACCACGAAGCCCAGCAGCUUCAGGUUGCUUGCAUGCAGCUGAUCAAUGCUCUGGUCACCUCCCCUGAUGACUUGGACUUCCGGAUACAUCUGCGCAAUGAGUUCUUGAGAUGUGGCCUCAAGAAGAUCCUGCCUGAGCUAAAAGAGACGGAGGAGCUGGACAUCCAGCUGAAGGUGUUCAAUGAGAACAAGGAGGAGGACUCUAUCGAACUCUCCCAUCGCCUGGAUGACAUCCGCGCUGAGAUGGAUGAUAUGAGUGAAGUGUACCAUCUCCUGUCCAAUAUGGUGAAAGACACUGGCUCAGAGACAUACUUCCUGUCAAUCCUUCAGCACCUAUUGCUCAUCAGGAAUGACUAUUACAUCAGGCCUCAGUAUUACAAGGUAAUAGAAGAAUGCGUGUCUCAAGUGGUCCUGCAUCGCAAUGGGAUGGACCCUGACUUUGGCUACAGUAAAAGAUUGGACGUGGACUUCACCCAUCUGAUUGAUCAGUGUGUGGAUAAAGCCAAAGUUGACGAGAGUGAGCAGAAGGCAGCAGAGUACUCCAAAAAGUUUGAUGAGGAGUUCAGUGCACGGCAGGAGGCCCAGGCAGAGGCUCAAAAGAAGGAAGAGAGAAUCAAAGAGCUGGAGGGGAAGAUCCAGGCCCUGGAGUCCCAGAUUGCAGCGGGUCCAGCUGCACCAGGAGCUCCACCUCCACUACCCCUACCAGGGGGUGCAGCAGCUCCACCUCCGCCUCCUCCUCCCCCACCUCCACCUGGUGGCUGUCCUCCUCCGCCUCCUCCACCUCUCCCUGGCCAAGCCUCCAUUCCGCCACCACCUCCACCACCACCUCCUCCAGGUGGAGGACCUCCACCUCCUCCGCCGCCCCCUGGUUGUGGGCCCCCUCCUCCUCCACCUUUUUUUGGGGGCCUAGGUGGGCCUCCGCCGCCUCCUGCGUUACCUGUCGUCAAGCUGCCUUAUGGGCUGGAGCCCAAGAAGACCUAUAAGCCUGAAACUGUGAUGAAGAGGGUCAACUGGACCAAGAUAGUGCCUCAGGAAAUGGCAGAGAAUUGCUUCUGGAUCAAAGUCAAAGAAGAGAAGUUUGAGAAUCCUGACCUAUUUGCUCAGCUCUCCCUCUGCUUCUCCUCGCAGAGCAAAGUGAAAAAAGACGUAAAAGACGAAACGGACGACAGAAUUCCACAAUUCAAGAAAAAGACAAAAGAGCUUCGCAUUUUGGAUGCAAAGACAGCACAGAAUCUUUCAAUUUUCUUGGGCUCGUUCCGCCUGCCUUAUGAAGAGAUCCGGGACAUUGUGCUGGGGGUAGACGAGGAAAGACUGAGCGAAUCACUCAUCCAGAACCUGAUAAAGAACCUGCCAGAGCAGAAAGAGCUGAAUGCGCUAGCGGAACUAAAGGGUGAAUAUGAAGAGCUCGUGGAGUCGGAGCAGUUUGGCAUUGUGAUGAGUUCAGUAAAGCUCCUACGGCCUCGCCUUAACGGCAUUCUGUUCAAGUUGACGUUUGAGGAGCAGGUGAAUAACAUCCGGCCAGACAUCAUGAAUGUGACAUUCGCCUGUGAGGAGGUGAAGAAGAGUGAAGGCUUUAGCAAACUCCUGGAGUUUGUGUUGCUGGUUGGCAAUUACAUGAACGCUGGCUCAAGGAAUGCCCAGACAUUUGGUUUCAACGUCAGCUUCCUCUGCAAGCUCAGAGACACUAAAUCCAUCAGUCAAAACACAACACUUCUUAAUUUCCUGGCUGAGAAGUGUGAAGAGAAUCACCCAGAGAUUUUGAGGUUUCCAGAUGAACUGGAGCAUGUGGAGAGUGCCAGCAAAGUGUCAGCUGAGAUCUUAAAGGGCAGUUUGACUACCAUGGAGCGUCACAUUCAGAGGCUUGAGAACGACAUCGAGAACUUCCCCAAGACAGAUGACUCACAAGAUAAGUUUGUGGAAAGAAUGUCGGGCUUCUCCAAGCAUGCCCGGGAGCAGUAUGAGAAACUGUCCACCAUGCAUAAGAACAUGCAAAAGCUCUAUGAGAGCAUAGGCAGCUAUUUUGCCUUUGACCCCCAUUCGGUCAGUGUGGAGGAUUUCUUCGGAGAACUGUCCAACUUCCGCUUCCUCUUCAUGGAAGCAGUGAAGGAGAACCACAAGAAGAGGGAGAUGGAGGAGAAGAUCAAGAGAGCCAAGCUGGCGAAGGAGAAAGCAGAGCGCGAGAAGCAGGAGCGCCAGCAGAAGAAGAAGCAGCUGAUUGACAUGAACAAAGAGGGAGAUGAGACUGGUGUAAUGGAUAGCCUAAUGGAAGCUCUACAGUCUGGAGCAGCCUUCCGUGAUCGGCGAAAACGGACACCGCGCAAUGGUGAUCAAAGCCCUUCCAGUCCAGCCUCCCGGUGGCCGGGUGCUAACUAUGGUAACAGAACCCUAGACAACCGCCGCGCAGUCCUGGAAAGGUCUCGUUCACGCCACAACGCAAAUCACCAAGCUCGAUGAUUGCCCGCGCCUACCACAAGACGCUAGAUAAGUGCCAAAGAGGCCUGCGAGGUGGAGACCUGGAAGACAUCUGAGGGAGGGACAGACCACCCCUCACUGUGGCGUACACACACACACACAGACAGACACAAAUCAUUCAUACUUACACACACAGCACCAAGUAUGGAACAAAAAAGCCUAAAGAAGCCACACAGAACUGAAGGAUCCAUAGAACAUCACACACAGACAUUUAAUUUUCAUGCUGUUCGUCUGACGCCUUACAUAUUUAUUCAGUACUCUUCCAUCACUCUAAAUGUUCGUGUCCUCCCUAGAUGGUUUGAUUCAUAAAAUGAAAAAAAAUUUUACAUGCUGCUGCUGUUGGAAAUGAAAGGUUUUCAUUGCUUGAAAAUCCAUUUUGAUUCUUGCAAGCCUAAGCCUUCUAUUUUAAUCCUUUUUAAUCAAAAUACUACAGUUCGCAUACAGUUUUGACAUGAAACAUGCAGUGUGUGGAAAAGAGACAUUUCGCCAAGAAGGACUGCACCAUAAUGUAUGCUUAUUAUCCUGAAGAACGGACUACACACAGUUCAUUCAACAAAGGCACAGCGGGCCGGCUGUCGUUUUAAAUCAAGGACAGGGAUUCAAUACCCAUGUUGGCAAGCCUACAACCUGGUGAUGUUUUCUUGAGCAAGUCAUUGAAGUCAUCGGAAGAAGAAGUGGUGGUUUAAAAUGCUUUUCCCCCCCCCAUCAGUUCAUCCUUCAAUUAACAUCAGAACAAUUUUUAUUAGUAAAUGCACCAGAGUCCACAUGAGUCAGUUCACUUUAUAUCACACAAAGCCACAAGAGCUGGCUCCUGUCUUCACUGAGAUUUCAGAGCAUGUGACUCAUGGAUCUUGAAACUGUAAUCUCCAUUUUGACAAGGCGCAUUUUAUUUUUAGUUGUGUAAUAUCUAACCAAUGCCUCUGGGUGCUGAUCUCAGUCUCAAGGUCGCUUUUGCUGUUAACAUGAGAGACUGACACAUUUCUAAAUGCAUAUAACUGCCUUGAGAAGCUAACGUGAGCUCUGUGACCUUCCCUGCAGUCACACAGGUUUCCAGCGGGUGAAGCUUGAUUAUACAAAGGUAUUGCAACUUUUUAACCUGUUUUAAUCUGUUUCAGUCUGUCUCUCUCUUUUUUUUUUUUUUAAUAUGAAGGCUCUAAAAAGCAGUCCAGUAAUUACAACCUUUUUUGGAGACCAGUGGUGAAAAAUUUGCUCCACUUAAAAUUUUCACAGCAGAUUUUCUCAUUGGGUUUUGGGUUUUCUAAAAAAAAAAAAAAAAGCUUUUAGAUAAGCACCAUAUUAUAAGGAUGUUUUGUUCAA